AUGGAUUUUGUCAUUUCGAAAUUGGAAAAUGAUGACAAAAGGUGAGUUUAAGAAUUUUAUGCCAGGAGAACCUGGGAAAAUUGUUUUUUGGGGAGAUUUUGGGGGGAGAAAGACUGAAAUUAUGAUUUUUUUUAUAAAUUUCAAAUUUUGCAGGCAGGAAACCUGGAUUCUUGCAAAAUGGCUACUUUCCCGACAUUUGUGAUGACAAAUGAAUUUCCGCGUGACCUAUAUUUCACGUGGUUUUUGGUUCAUUUCGGUGAUUUUGGUUCAUUUCGGGAUUUUGGCUAAACAAGAAGCGAAGAAAUAUUGUGUACUUCUCUCGGACAACUAAAACAGUUUUUGGCGAUUCUCUGGCUCGCCAAUGAGCAAGAUUUCUGUGAGCUUUCUCCUAGAAUUUUUGAUUUUCAGUUGAAAAUUGGAUUUUUUCAGAUUCCAACUUCUGUUCAAUGUUAGAAGUUUAAGAGAAGGAGUUUUAAACUUUGGAAAUGAUCUUGGUGAGUUUUUUUCUGUAAAAUUUCAUAAAAAUUUGAUAAUUUGACCUUUUGAACUUAUAGAAAACGAGAUCGAAAAAUUGUUUAUUUCAAAAAAUUAUGAACUAUUUUUGAAACGUAUUUUUUCGGGGAAAUUUUUAAAGGCCCUCUGAAAAUCCAUGAGACGAAAUUUGAUUUUUUCAGAUUCUCGAGAGGACUUUCUACAAUUUCAACAUCAACUUCAACUUCGAAAUCUGGAAAUUGGAAGAUUUGGAGCUGGAGCUGGAGCCAUUGAUAUCGAUUGA